AUGUCUAAUAAUUAUUGUGAAUCAUCAUCUAGGCAACUACAUAGUUACCCGAGUUUCACAAACAAUUUUGAUGAUUCAUGUGAUUCAAAGACAUCUUAUAAUUACAGCAGAAAAUCUCCAUUUAUUAAAGAGUUUCUAUCAUCAAAAUCAUGUUCUUCAACAAAUUAUGGUUUGAGUAAUUUUAAAAAACAAUGUAAUUAUCCACAAGAACAUUCAACAGAAAAAAUUUCUAAUGAUAUAUCCUCUGAAAAUUUUCCAUCACAUGACUAUCCAAUUUUACCUCAAUUUACUGGAGAAAAUUUAAAUUCAAAUACAUAUCUAAGUAAUUCAUCAUAUUCCUCUGAUGAUAGUGAUAAUAUUAAUUUUUUGUUGUCAAAUGAUGAAACUAAAAGUAAACCAUCUUCAGGGUUUUUUACAAAUUCGAAUUCUUCACAAUAUUCUUAUGAAGAUGACAAUGGUUCAUUAAUUAAAUAUGCUGAAAGGCCAAAUUUUGGAUGUAAUGGCAGAGUUGUUUCUUUAAAAACAAAUUUUUUUGAAAUAACAUUUUCAAAGGCUCCAGUUGUUAUGCAAUAUCAUGUUGAAAUUACUUUUAGUGGUACACGUAAUUUAGAACGUGAUGAAAAUAGAAAUAUAUUUUGGAAAGCAGUUGAAGAACAUCCUGAGAUAUUUCCUAAUAAAUUUGCACUUGCUUAUGAUGGAAACCACCAAUUAUAUGUAGCUGGUAAAAUUAAUAUGAAAGGAGAUACGCAUCAUCAAUGUAUUCUUGUAAAUGUAUCAAUUUGGAAAGAUUCUAGACCUAGCAUUACUUUUGUUGUUAAUAUUACAUGGUGUGGACCUGUUUUAUUAGAUUUAAAAAGAGACUAUACUACAGUUGAUCAACAUCGUCCUGUUACACCGAUUCAAAUUAUUGAUAUUAUUUUUAAACAAAGUCUUACUUGCCCAUUUGUAGAACAAUCUUCUAAUUUCUAUUGUUGGAAAUCAUCAGCUUAUCGUAUGCCUGUUAAUGGUGCUGAUGCUUUGUCAAUUGGUGGUGCUAAACAAGUUUGGACAGGAUUUUUUUCAGCUGCUCUUGUAGCAUUAGGAUAUAGAGCUCUUCUUAAUGUUGAUAUUGAUUAUACAGUUUUUUAUAAACCAAAAAUUUCAAUUUUACAAUUUCUAUGUGAUGUUUUAAAUGAAAAAUAUGGAUCAACAAAUUGUAAUUCAAAAAAUCUUGGUUCUAGAUAUAAUAAUAAUUAUAGAAAUAAAGGAUUAUAUUGUGACUCAUAUUCUGGAUAUAAUAAAUUUGAUGAAAUAUCUAUUUCAUAUCUUAUGAGAAAUGGUCAGGAACCGUGGACAGUUGAAAAUUUGUGUGAAAUAAAUCGUUUAACAGAAUCAGAAUUUAAGAUAUUUGAUGACGCCAUAAAAGGAUUAAAAAUUCGUGUACGUUCAAAAGAUGGGCAUCAAAGAGUGUACCGUGUUAAUGGAACUAAAGGAUCAGCUGAUCAACUUACUUUUUUCAUAAAAGUUGGUGACAAAGAUGAGAAAACUUCUGUUGCUGAUUAUUUUCAAAAGAAAUAUGGUUCACUUAAAUAUCCAUCUUUACCAUGUUUACAUGUUGGUCCAUAUCAUAGAAAUACAUAUUUUCCAUUGGAAGUUUGUUACUUAGAAGAUCAUCAAAAGUAUACAAAAAAACUUAGUGAAAAACACACAGCAGCUAUUAUUAAAGCUGCUGCUGUUGAUGCUCAACAAAGAGAAGAUAGAAUUCAAGCAUUAUUUAAAGAUGCAUGUUUUGAAAAUGAUCUAUUUUUAAAAAGUUUUGGUCUUAGUAUUGCUCCAAAGAUGGUUGAAGUAAUUGGAAGAGUUAUUGAACCUCCUGGUAUACAAUAUGGUCCAAAUAUUAAUCCUAACAUAGAUACUAAGGUUUUUCCAAUAGAUGGUGCAUGGAGUAUGGAUAAUCAAUCGUUAUAUUUACCAGCAACUUGUGAAUCCUAUGCAUUAAUGGCUUUAAUAUCUCCUAAAGAUGAACAUAUAUUACAAAAUUUUGCAAUAAACUUAGCUCAGAAAGCUCAACAAAUGGGUAUGAAAUUUCCAAACUGGCCAGAUGUUGUUAAAUAUGGUAGAGCAGUACCAUUUGAAAUAAAAACGUUGUAUCGUGAAAUAAGUGAAUAUUAUGUUCAUUCGGGAAAAAAUUGUAGUCUUGUUAUAAUAGUUCUUCCAUGUAAAAAUGCAGAUGUUUAUAUGACAAUAAAAGAAAAUUCUGAUGUUUGUUAUGGAGUUAUGUCACAAUGUAUUUUAUAUAAAAAUGUUUCUAGGCUUUCUCCAGCAACACUUAGUAAUUUAAUACUUAAAUUAAAUCUUAAAUUAGGUGGUAUAAAUGCAGCAAUUACACCUAAUAAUAUGAAUGAUAAAUAUCUUAUAAAUCAACCAACAUUAGUUAUUGGUAUUGAUGUAACUCAUCCAACACAAAUUGAAAUGAAAAAUCAUGUACCAUCAGUUGCUGCUGUUGUUGGUAAUAUUGAUAUGUAUCCACAAACUUUUGCUGCUACAGUUAUUGUUCAAAAGAAAUGUCGUCAAGAAGUUGUUGACCUUGUUCAAGCUAUGGUUAUAAGAAUCAAACAUUUUAAAGAAUGUACUGGAAUGAAACCAAAAAGAAUUUUAGUUUAUAGAGAUGGUGUUUCAGAAGGACAAUUUCAAGAAGUUAUGAAAAAAGAAAUGGUUGGUAUUAGAAAUGCAUGUCGAUUAUUUGAUCCAAAUUACAAUCCACCAAUAACUUAUAUAGUUGUUCAAAAACGGCAUCAUGCAAGAAUGUUUUGUAGACAUUUAAAUGAUGCUGUUGGAAAAGCUAGAAAUAUUCCACCAGGAACUAUUGUUGAUACAGGAAUUACAUCUUCAGAUGGUUUUGACUUUUAUCUUUGUUCACAUUUUGGUAUUCAAGGGACAAGUAGACCUGCUCAUUAUCAUGUUUUAUGGGAUGAUUCUAAAUUUACAUCUGAUGAGAUUCAAGCAUUAAGUUAUCAUCUUUGUCAUAAUUUUGGAAGAUGUAAUAGAAGUGUAUCAAUUCCUACACCUGUAUAUUAUGCUGAUUUAGUUUGUACAAGAUCAAGACUUCAUGUUAAAAGAGCUUUAGGUGUUUUAGAAACAGAUAAUGAAUAUGAUGAUGUUUCACCAUCAGGAAUUCAUUUACCUCAUCGUAAAGAAUUAUUUAAAAACUUAGGAGUUUAUUCUGUUAUUGGUACACAAGAAGCUAUGGGUUUAUGGUGUCCAGGAUAUCUUCUUGGACCACAAUGUGAAGAAGAUGGAAUUUUGACGUAUUCAGAAUGUUGUGGAGAUCUACAUCAUCAAUGUUGUACAAAUUUAAGAUAUUGGGUUAUUUUUUUACUCGUUACUUCUUCAAUAACUAUUUUAUUGAUAUUCGGUAUUUGUUUAUGGAAAAAAGUUUUUCAAAAUAAAACAAAUAAUUUUAUUGAAACAAGGCAACCUCCAAGAAGUGGAUAUACUCCAGGUGUCAGAACAGGAAGACCCGACGCUAUUUAA